UCUCCGUUUGUGGCGGCUGGCUCCGGAUUCGGAGUGUCGACUUUUUUUUUGGAGUCGACUCAUGGCCACACUGACAUGCGCACCGAAAACCUGAGAAGGCGAGAGAGAACGAAAGGAGCAGGAGUAUUGUUUUUCCGCCGAGGUGCUGUAAUCAUCAGGAAUUAACUGCAAUUUGAUUCGGUAGUGGUGUCAGGUGUUGAGUUGAGGGUCUUUGUGUAUGUGUGUGUGCACUGAGGCCGGAGUGUCCCGAGCUGCAGGAUGGCGUUCGUCCGGAAAAAGGAGCGAUGCAAGGAGAGGUUUUCACUGCUGCUCCUAGACCUGGAGGAAUAUUAUUUCGAACAGCACACUGCAUACUGGCUGGAUGCAUUCUCAAACAGAAAUAUUCGAGGCUCCUUGAAAAUCUGUUCCAAAUCAGUCAUUUUUGAGCCGGAUGAGACUUCAGUGCCUAUUUUAAAGGUCCCACUGAAAGACUGCAAGCGAAUAGAAGCAGUGCAGGAAAACGUGUCAAACCCUUUUAAAGAAACCAAGCCAGCAUCUGUGCUUAUGGAAACCAAGCAGGUUUUUUUUAUUAAAGAGCAGAAUGCUGUUGCUCCCUACAAAUAUGAAAGGGGAGAAAGAAGUGUCAUAUUCCAGCUGGAGAUGCCCAGUAAAACAGAAGACAUUGUCCAGACGUUGCUGCAGUUACAUCGAGCAUCCUUUCUGGACAAGCUGGGGGACCAGACUGCUAUGAUCGCUGCAAAUUUGCAAUCAAGGUUGGCGAGAACAUCUUUUGAUAAGAACAGCUUUCAAAGUGUGUCAGAACGGCCACAUAUGGAGUGUAAGGCUGAGAUGGUGACCCCCCUGGUGACUAACCCUGGCCACGUCUGCAUCACAGACCACAACCUGUACUUUCAGCCCCUUAAUGGUUACCCUGAAUCAGUGGUGCACAUUGGGCUCCACAGUGUCCGGCGCAUCUACAAAAGGAGACAUGGCCUGAGACCGGUGGGGCUGGAAGUGUUUUGUACAGAAAAUGAUCUGUGUUCAGAUAUCUAUAUAAAGUUCUACAAUACUGAAGACAGGGAUGAACUUUAUUACUACAUCGGCACUUUCCUAGAGAACCACAUAGUGGAGCACACAGCAGAGAGUUACAUGCUGCAGUGGCAGAGAGGACACAUCUCCAACUAUCAGUACCUGCUGCACCUCAACAACCUGGCAGACCGCAGCGUUAACGACCUCUCCCAGUAUCCUGUGUUUCCUUGGGUCCUCAGUGACUACACUAGCCCACAACUGGAUCUGCUGAACUCCUCCACUUUCCGGGACCUCAGUAAACCCGUGGGAGCCUUAAACAGAGAGAGAUUGGAAAGGCUUCUGGAGCGUUAUAAGGACAUGCCUGAACCUCGUUUCAUGUAUGGUAGUCACUACUCCUCUCCUGGAUACGUUCUCUUCUACCUUGUUAGAGUGGCUCCAGAGCACAUGCUGUGUUUGCAGAACGGCCGUUAUGACCAUGCAGACCGAAUGUUCAACAGUAUUGCAGACACCUGGAAGAACUGCUUAGAAGGAGGAACAGACUUCAAAGAGUUAAUUCCUGAGUUCUAUGGAACAGACUGCAGUUUUUUGAAGAACAUGCUGGGUUUAAAUCUGGGUCGGCGGCAGGGUGGUGGGCGAGUAGGAGACGUGGAGCUUCCUCCCUGGGCCUCAGAUAUGGAAGACUUCCUGCAGAAGAUGCGCUCUGCACUGGAGAGUCAGUAUGUGUCCGAGCAUUUGCAUGAAUGGAUCAAUUUGAUAUUCGGUUACAAACAGAGAGGGAGUGAAGCUGUUGCAGCCCACAAUGUUUUUCAUCCUUUAACAUAUGAGGGUGGCAUCGACUGCGAAAGCAUCGAGGACCCAGAUCAGAAGAUAGCGAUGCUAACCCAGAUUCUGGAGUUUGGCCAGACUCCACGGCAACUUUUUACCAAACCUCACCCUCAACGCAUCACACCCAGAUUCCACAACGUCUCAGCAGGGCCGAGCCUCAGCACGUCACCUGAUGACCUCUCACAAGGUUCUCCCAGUAUGGAAUCAUUUGAGGAUCUGACCGAGGAAAGUAAAACGCUUGCCUGGAGCAACAUGAACAAACUCACAUUACAGUCCAGUCACAAGAUACACAAAGAGCCAGUGACAGGAAUCGCAGUGACUUUAAACGGGGCGUCUGUUUUUACAACAUCUCAGGACUCUACCUUAAAGAUGUUUUCUAAAGAAAGCAACGCACUGCAGAGGAGUGUUUCUUUUUCCAACAUGUCUUUGUCCUCUUGUGUGAUACUGCCUGAAGAUAAAACUGUGAUUUGUUCUUCAUGGGACAAUAAUGUGUACUUUUAUUCAAUAGCGUACGGCAGAAGGCAGGACACACUCAUGGGGCACGAUGAUGCUGUGAGUCAGGUUUGCUGGAGAGAAGGCCAGCUCUAUACGGCAUCAUGGGACUCCACUGUAAAGGUGUGGAAGUGUGUAGCUGCAGAUAUUUCUAAUAAUCAGAGGACACCGUUUUUGCUGCUGGCUGAGUUGGAGCAUGAGGCCGGGGUGAACACAAUAGCACUAAGCCCUGCAGGCACACUUUUGGCAUCUGGCACAAAAGAGGGCACUCUAAGUGUUUGGGAUCUCGCCAGCUUCUCGCUGCUGCAUCAGCUCACUUGUCAUUCUGGAAAGAUCUACCAAGUGGCCUUCAGUCCUGACAGUCGAAACAUCCUGAGUGUGGGUGAGGAUUUGUACUUGAAGGUUACUGAUGUACAGACAGGCACACUACUCUCUACAGUUCUUGCAGAGGAAGAACAGAGGUGUUUUUGUUGGGAUGGCAGCAAUGUGUUGUCUGGAGGCCAGUCAGGAGACCUGCUCAUUUGGAAUCUUCUUACUAGCAAGAUCACACAUAGGAUCCCUGCUCACUCUGGUCCCGUUUCUCGCAUUUGGAUGAAUGAGCAGUGCAGCACGGUCAUUACAGGAGGAGAAGAUAAACAAAUAAUGUUCUGGAAACCUCAGUAUUAGGACAGACUCUCUCUCUCUCUCUCUCUCUCACACACACACACACACACACACACACACACACACACACACACACACACACAUUGUCACAACUAAAUGUGCUGGACACAAGUAUUCAGUUUGAAGCCUGAGGUACAUUGUAGACCUGUGAGCAUAAAUAUGGUCGUAAGCAGAUACUACAAUUCUUAUCUGAAUGCCGUUACACAAACUGAACCAGGAAGUUCAUUUUACUGAUGCUUUUAUUACAGUGAUCGUUUUGAUCAGUAUUUAAAGUUUACCAUGCUGUUGAUGCCUUUUUUUAUUUUUAUUGUUUUUAGUCUUGUUUUAUCCCAUUGUAAAUGUUUGCAUUGUGCACUGCAAUAGGGGAUUUCCCAUCUAUCCUGGAUCUAUAAUCCUCAUUUACACAGAGUAGCACAGACAUAAUUUGCUUAAUGGAAAAUGUUGAUUUAACAGAUGAUGGAGAAUAACAGUAUGAAGAAUUUAAACGUUCUUGCACAUCUACAUGUAGAAAGGUCGCAUAAAAGUCUAAAUAGCUGUAAACAUCGAGCAGCGUUCAUGUUGUGCAUUUUGCACUGUGUUUUUAUUUACCUUCGUUACUGCUGUUAGUGUAAAGCAUUGCUGUAGUGAGAGUCAGUGAAGCCUGGCUUUGGCGCUGCAACAGAUUAAAUCAAAUAAAAAUUCAUUACAAUCUAAGGUCAUUUUAUUUAAGUUCAGUCAUGUAUUAACAUUUAUUUUAUGUUCCUUGUAAUGCAGUUUUAUAGAUCAGAUGAAGUAUGUUGACCGUAGUGCAGACAGGGUUUGUUUUGCACUUGUUCACGUGUUCAUAUUGAAUUAUUUUAGACGCAUCAUAUUACAUUUUAUGCAGUCAUUUUGACCUGUACAUUCAGAUGCAAACCGAAAUCUAUGCCUCUAUAUAUUCAUAUUAUGUAUAAAUCUAUCGAUAUCAAGCCAUUUAGAGUAAAAAAAAACUGGUUCAGCAAUAGUUAUGCAACCAUGAAAAAGCUUAGCAUGUGUAUAGAUGUAAAAUAUACAUGCACAUUCUGAUCUUCGUUUUAUAUUUAUAUCUUAAAAUCGUAGUUAAAAAAUUAUUGAUUGCUAAAGAUUUAACUAAAAAGAGCAAGUGCUUACAAGCAAUACAUGUAAAAAGAAGGAAAAACAAUCAUCCUUUUUGUGCAAUAAUUCAAAGCAGGACCUUGAAAUGAAAUGUUCUAUUGUAAACUGUACAAAUAUUAUACAUAUGCAGUUCAAGCCCCAAAGUGUCAUUCGAAUUACAGUGGUUGUGUAACAGCUUUGUUUUGUUUGUUUACUUAUUAGUUUGGCUGUUUUCUUAGAUGACAUCAUGUUCAGAAAAAUGCUUGUAUGAUAUUUUUUUAUUUUAUAUAUUUUACCCCCACUCAAUAAAUUUGUCCCUUAAAGCA